AAAUGUUCAAGAGCGCCAGUUGCACGUUGAGGAAUUUACGACUUACUAACACUAUUUGUGGAUGGGAAUUGCAGUCGGUUUCUUUGGCUAAUGAUUGUCUAAUAACUAACUUUCAGGACUAUUUAUCAACAAAUUUGCCAUGGGUCGUCAUUUUGGACAUCUCGGUUAUGUCCGGGGGAUCAUUUCACACAGUUUAUCACCAUUUGAACAACGGGCCUUUGCUGGUGUCAUCUCAAAAGGAAUUCCAAACAUGUGGAGAAGAGUCCGUGAACAGAUUUUUAGAGUUGUACCACCUUUCAUUGGAGCUUAUUUGAUUAUCGACUGGGGUGACAAAGCAUUUGAACAAGCAAAAAGGAAAACUCCUACAGAUUUUGUUAACGACAAAUAAUGUGUGAUGCUCUUUAAUAUAUUUUGAGAUAUGUGAGGCUUAGUUUAAGAUCCACAGAACAUUUUUAGAAGUGAUAUUGAUAGAGAUAUCUUUUGGAAUACUUUUUAAAAAUCAGAGACUAAUAAAACUUAUUGGAAACACUGA